UAAACGAGAGAACAACUGAACAGCAUUUUAACACAGUUAUUCUAACCGUUUUUGAGCUGUUUCAUGAACGACUGUUUCGUGAGAAGUGUGGGCAGAUGUGUACAGCGUAGUGCCUCAAGUCUGAUUAGACUAUUUGAGAUGAUAAUUCCUUGUAAGUGACACACAGAACGUGAGUAAGGCGUGGAAUUGUGCUCUCUGCGGUUUUAUAAACAGUGUAGUGACAGAAAGUGCAGCAGAAGGCUGAGACGUGAACCUGACUCAGGGAGCACCGCAGGAGAGACGCCCACACAGACUGACAGACUGACGGACCCCCGCUCCAUAAAACCUUCACUCGGUGUUAGGCUGCAGGAAGGAUCCUUUACCUUCAGGCCAUGAAACUUCUUCGCCAGAUGGAUUUAUCCAUGGAAUCAUCAUUGGAUUCUACCAAAAUGAGGCAGGGUUUCUAGUUUUUAUUUUUCUGUUUUUUUGUGAUUCAGCUUUUGGUGGACUCGAUGAAAUUGUUUCUUGAUUUAUGGAUAACAAGGAAAACUUGACUUCUGGUGGCCUACGUAAAGUUAUAUAUGGACUAUGUAAGGACGGCCUAUGGAUUUUGUGACCUCCAGAGUUCAGUAAUGUUUGCUUUGAGCCACUUCAAUGGCUCAGCUUCCCAGCCCUUCCCUCAUUUUCCUAAUGGCAGUAGAGGAAAGGUUGGUGCCACAGUGACUGUUGAGGAGCUGUUACAUCACGGAAACCUUACCUUUUUGCAGCCCACCACCAGUGGUGUCAUUGUUGUUGUUUUGUCCAUGACACUGGGUAUCAUCUCAAACAUUGUGGCUCUCUUCAUCCUGCUAAAUGCGUACUCCCAACAGCGCCGUCGUACCAAAGCCACGUUCCUUCUUUUUGCCACAUCUCUGGUGGUCACUGAUUUUAUCGGCCACCUGAUCCCUGGUGCCUUGGUUCUUAGACUUUAUCUCUCUGGAGGUGUGCAUCCUGAGGACUUCAACUCUUCAGACGGGAUGUGUCAGUUCCUGGGUGGCAGCAUGGUAUUCUUUGGCCUGUGCCCGCUCUUCAUGGGCUGUGCCAUGGCUGCUGAGCGCUGCUUGGGGGUCACUAGGCCACUGCUGCACUCAUCCCUGGUCACCAAAACCCGCACAAAGAUCUGCCUGUCUGUCAUCUGGAUGGCUGCUCUGUGUAUUGCCCUGCUCCCCUGCUUCCAUUUGGGCUCUUACAUCUACCAGGACCCAGGGACCUGGUGUUUCAUUAAAGUACUCAGUGACACCACAGAGGUGGAUGUGGCCUUCGUGGCUCUGUUCUCUGGACUAGGUCUUUCCUCGCUAACUGUGUCAUUAGUGUGUAACACCAUCAGUGGGCUGACGCUGGUGCUCUCCCGGCUCAGGAGGCAGCCUGGCUCCCAUCAUUCGACAAAGUCUCAUGACAUAGAGAUGGUGGUGCAACUUGUAGGCAUCAUGGUCACUUCGUGUAUCUGCUGGAGCCCUCUGCUGAUCUUUGGCCUGAUGUCCGUGAUUCGCUCCUACACAGGAUCUAUUGGAGAGGACCUUUCCAGAUAUAAAACUUUAAUGGUGAUGGGUGUGCGCCUGGCCACAUGGAACCAGAUCCUCGACCCCUGGGUCUAUAUUCUGCUGCGCCGCACAGUCCUCAGCAAGAUCUACCUCAUUACUAAGUGUCAGGGAGGCCUUAGAGCUAAAAUGUUGGGCCGAUGGGAGCCAUCAUUUCCCAGCUCAGAGAAGAAUGAAGUCAACUAAAUCUGAGCUGACAAAGAGACUGGUAAAUGACCUUGGUAUACAGUACAAAGGCUGUUUGAAGGAGAGAUUUACAUGGAGGCAAGUUUGAAGAACUAAUUAUGAGGCAUGGAUGGUAAAUAAACUUUUAAAGUUUUAAGCAUUUCUCGGCUGGUCCAAAUCAGAAAUGUUAGACGUAAGAUGAUUUAAAAAUCAAUUUUAUACUCACUGAGUUUUUAUCAUUGUGUUUACUGACAGGCUUUGGAAAAGAACGCUAGCAAAUGCCAUAGUGUUCCAAAAAUAUUCUUAACAUUCCUAAGUUUUAUUACAUUGUAAUUUGGAUACUUUUGCCUUUAGUAUGAAUGCGUUACCAGCUUAGGUAAAUGCAGACACAGUUAGGUUUCUUGGUGUGUAAUCUACAGGGAACUGAAUAGCUAUUAUUAGGUUUUAUUCUCAAAAUUGUAUUUAUAGUGGGCAGAUGAAUGAUGCUUCACCAGCACUACACCAGAGGACUAUAAAGUGCAUUGUUAUAAAUUCAAGUGAAUGCAUUUCCUGAUGAAGGGUUUUUCUGUGGGGUUUAUGUAUUUCAGUUGCAUAAUUCAUGUUCAGUGCUUCUUGUCAAAUGAUAAAUUCAAGGCCAAUACUUGAAAUUUUACUUCAGUGAGUAUAUGUAAAAACAUGUGAAUUAAAUGGAAAUAA